AUGACAAAGCAAUAUAGCACCCCCUCCGUCUUAUAUACCAAGAUCGAUAAACGCCCGCCGGAGGUUGUACGCAGCAACGGGAAUUAUCUCGAGACCAGCGACGGACGAACGAUCUUUGAUGCCAGUGGAGGCGCCGCGGUCGCUUGUCUGGGACACAACGAGCCUAGAGUCAAGCAGGCCAUCAUGGAGCAAUUGGACAAGACGGCCUACGUUUACUCGCCAUUCUUCACUGUACCAGCCGCUGAGGAGGUCGCUACGUAUCUGACCGACUCAACAAAUGGAGCUAUGAGCAAGGUGUUUAUCGUCAGUUCCGGCGCCGAAGCGAUAGAGGCGGCGCUGAAAAUGGCCCGUCAGUAUUUCACAGAGCUGCCAGAACCGCAAAUGCAGAGGACCAAGUUUAUUGCGCGCCGGCAGUCGUAUCAUGGGAAUACCCUGGGUUCUCUCGCAGCAGGCGGACACAAAGCCCGUCGAGCGAUCUUCGAGCCGAUCCUCGCGACAAAUACUUCCCAUGUCUCUCCCUGCUAUCCAUACCGGGGGAAGAAAGAAGGCGAGAGCGACGAGGCAUAUGUCGCCCUUCUUGCAGAGGAAUUAGAGCACGAGUUUCAGCAGGCUGGGCCGGGGAAUGUGUGCGCCUUUAUCGCGGAGACCAUGUGUGGCACGACAUUGGGCUGCGUUCCUGCUGUUCCAGGAUACUUCAAGGCAAUGAAGGAAGUAUGCGACCGCCACGGGGCGUUGCUGAUCCUUGAUGAAGUGAUGUCUGGAAUGGGCCGCACGGGCACGUUCCACGCCUGGGAGCAGGAAGGCGUCGUCCCUGACCUUCAGACUAUUGCGAAGGGCUUGGGUGCUGGUUACGCCCCGGUCGGCGCUUUGCUUGUUGGGUCUCGCGUCGCUGAUACCUUAGCCAAAGGGACGGGGAGCUUUACGCACAGUCAGACGUAUCAGGGUCAUCCGAUCGCUUGUGCAACGGCCUGCGCGGUGCAGAAGAUUAUAAAAGAGGAUAAUCUGCUUGAGAACGUGCGAGUACUGGGAGAAUAUCUUGGUAAACUACUUAAUGAACGACUCAGUGGUCAUAAGAAUGUUGGUGAUGUGCGCGGGCGAGGGUUAUUCUGGGCUCUCGAGUUUGUCAAGGAUAAGACGACUAAAGAGCCGUUCCCGGUCGAGGCUGGCAUAGCACAGAAGGUGCACUUGACAGGACUACAAAAUGAACACUCCGUCUCGGUCAUACCAGGUGUUGGUGUCGCUAAUGGGAGGGACGGGGAUAUCAUCCAGAUAGCCCCUGCCUACAAUGUCACCAAGGCAGACAUUGACGAGAUUGUCAAAAGAGUAGAGGGCGUCGUCAAUACCGUCUUUGGGUAG